AUGCCUGAAAAGAUUAGCCGGACAGAAUCACCAGAAGUUGAGACAAAAGUGGAAUGUCCACCAUCGAUACCAGCCGCAACAUUCCCGUUCUAUUUUGAUCAGUCAAUGAAAAUGACACAACUGUUUUUGGAACAACAAAAAAUGCUUCAUGAACGUCAAACAAUGGCGGCAACAUCGUCUGGUCAAAACGGUAAUUCUUUUUUUUUUUUUUCUUCUUACUCAUUUUACCACCGGUUCUCAACAGCAUCUUUAGCAACAACGCCUAGUGAACCAAGUUCGGUAUUAAAUUCACCAUUUGCAAUUGCUUCGUUAACAUCAAAAAAGGAUACGGUCAAAAAGGAAUGUGAUGCAAGCAAAGAGAAUCAAGAAAUUUCUAGCGACAGUUUUGUUGCAAAUGCAUCAAAAGUUACCCAACCACUGCGAUUAAGUGUUCACGAUCCGACUCCAUCUGUAUCGGAUGCCCAGGACUUGUCGACGCUAAAUGAUCACCAUUCACCGUCAUCCGGCAGUCCGGAUGAAAAUGGGAAACGUAAACAGCGCCGGUAUCGAACUACUUUUACAGCUUAUCAGCUGGAUGAGCUGGAAAAAGUUUUUGCCACCACUCAUUAUCCCGAUGUAUUUGUAAGAAUAGAAUUAUGGGAGGAAGAUGACGAAGGUGGUGGUGAUGGUGGUAGGGAAGAUGCAGUCAUCAGACGACCACUGAAUCAGCCAACGGAGGAAUUGGCACAACGAGUUGUACUUACUGAAGCCAGAGUUCAGGUAAUCUUUCCUGUUUCUUUUUUUUAUGCUUUGCUUUUGCUUCAUGAUAAUAUUUCAUUAGUUCUGCAUGGUGUUUUCGCUGUUAUUUAUUAUACGCCUUUGCUGGGCGUUUUGUAUACGAUGAAUCACUUGACGCCUUUACAGGUUUGGUUUCAAAAUCGACGAGCGAAAUGGCGUAAACAGGAACGAAGUAAUGCUGGACAUCCUUAUGCUAGCCACAACCAUCAUUUACCUCGUGCAACAAAUCCGUUAACACACCCAAAUCCCUAUGUACUGUUGGCCGCUGCUGCAGCACAACAAAGUGCAGAAAACGGUGAUGCUGCUGCGAUUAUGGCAGCAAUGUCCGCACAGCAACAAGCGCUCGCUGAAUCAAUGCUAAAUCCUGCAGCAGCAGCAUUGAUAAAUCCAACGUUAAUUGGAGCUGCAGCAGCGAACUCUGCAAUCACAUUACGUCCAAGUAGUGCCCAACAAAAUUCGUCCUGUAACAGCAGCUCUUCAGGUGGUGGUAGCAGUAGUGGUAAUGGUUUGGAGACAGCAUCGGCACGUCCAGCAUCAAGCAGUUCUGCAACCAGUCCAAAUACCUCGAAUAACAAUGUAUCGUCAUCAGAUUCAAAAUCAGCAGAUUCCAAUGCGGCAGCUCUGUCAUUGUCGGCAACAUUUUCGCCGUUCGUUACACCAAUCACAACAACUGCAGCUGCUGCAGCAGCCGGUGAUGCAUCGUUAAUGUUCUUCCAACAACAAAUUGCACUUAUGCAACAAAUGCAAAGGAUGGCUGCAAUGGAUAAUCUUGCAAAAUAUCCUGGAAUUUGGCCUGGUACAACGCAAAAUUCUGGUACAACAAAUUGGUCGGAUCCACAGAUGCUUUCAGCGUUUUUAGCGUCUAAUCAGUUGACCCAAACGACAUCAACAUCUACGCAGGAAAAUUCACUGAAAAAAUAA